GGCAGGUGCUGAUUUCAGCCCUGUAGCGUCAGGAUUGCGUCAAUUCGGGUUUCAGCCACGUCUGGAGUCUCAGAGACGAGCUUUUCAGAAGAGCCAAAACAGGAACAGGGGUGGCAAAUCAUUGUGCGAGGGCGAGUGGACCUCCCUCUUCGCCUCCUCCCUGCUCCAGGCGCGGGUCCCCUGGGCUCUGCGCCGCUGUUCUCAGCACUCGGGAAAGCCGGCUCUUCAGAUCCAGGCAAGUCCAUCUAGCCAGGGAGUUUUCCGUUCAGCACCUCGGACAGAGCACGCAGCAAAAAAAUGGCUCCGAUCGCUACCAGCCGGGAAGAAUUUGAUGAAAUCCCCACAGUGGUGGGGAUCUUCAGUGCAUUCGGACUCGUCUUCACUGUCUCUCUCUUUGCAUGGAUCUGCUGUCAGAGAAAAUCAUCCAAGUCUAGCAAGACUCCUCCAUACAAGUUUGUUCAUGUGCUUAAAGGAGUCGAUAUUUAUCCUGAAAACCUAAAUAGCAAAAAGAAGUUUGGAGGAGAUGACAAGAAUGAUGUCAAGAAUAAGCCAGCUGUGCCAAAGAAUUCAUUGCAUCUUGAUCUUGAGAAGAGAGAUCUUAAUGGCAAUUUCCCCAAAACAAACCUCAAAGUGGGAAGCCCUUCUGAUCCAGAGAAUGUGACCCCGAAGCUCUUACUAGAAGGAGAAAAAGAGGCAGUUUCCCCCGAUAGCUUAAAAUCCAGCACAUCCCUCACUUCAGAAGAGAAGCAAGAGAAGCUGGGAACCCUCUUCUUCUCCCUAGAGUACAACUUUGAGAAGAAGGCAUUCGUGGUGAACAUCAAGGAGGCCCGGGGCUUGCCAGCCAUGGAUGAGCAGUCUAUGACCUCUGACCCGUACAUCAAAAUGACCAUCCUCCCCGAGAAGAAGCAUAAAGUGAAAACCAGAGUGCUGAGGAAGACCUUGGAUCCAGCUUUUGAUGAGACCUUCACAUUCUAUGGCAUUCCCUACACCCAAAUCCAAGAGCUGGCCUUGCACUUCACAAUCUUGAGUUUUGACAGGUUUUCAAGAGAUGAUAUCAUUGGAGAAGUCCUUAUUCCUCUCUCAGGAAUUGAAUUAUCUGAUGGAAAAAUGUUAAUGAACAGAGAGAUCAUCAAAAGAAAUGUUAGGAAGUCUUCAGGACGGGGUGAGCUACUGAUCUCCCUCUGCUAUCAGUCUACCACAAAUACUCUCACUGUGGUUGUUUUAAAAGCUCGACACCUUCCUAAAUAUGACGUUUCUGGACUUUCAGAUCCCUAUGUCAAAGUGAACCUGUACCACGCCAAAAAGAGAAUCUCCAAAAAGAAGACUCAUGUGAAGAAAUGCACCCCCAACGCAGUAUUCAAUGAACUGUUUGUCUUUGAUAUUCCUUGUGAGGGUCUUGAAGAAAUAAGUGUUGAAUUUCUGGUUUUGGAUUCCGAAAGGGGGUCCCGAAAUGAGGUGAUUGGGCGGUUGGUCCUUGGUGCAACGGCUGAAGGAACCGGUGGGGAACACUGGAAGGAGAUCUGUGACUUCCCCAGGAGACAAAUUGCGAAGUGGCACAUGCUCUGUGAUGGUUAGCGUCCUAGCCAUGAGUUGGAACUUAAGGGUUUUUACUAGGCAAGGAGAAAUUUUUUUUUUCUUAUAUGUGAUUGUAAGCUUGUGACACAACAAGCCACCUUUUGUUGGUAAGAAAUGGAUUGAAUUAGUAGACCAGAAAGUAACUGUAAAUGUACAUCAUGAUAAUUUCCCCCUUUAGUAGCAAAGUUGGAUAAAUUUUCAUAAGAUAUUUGAUUUCCCCUGCAGGUUGUCAGUGACAUAAAUAGGGAUGGUCAAUCCUGUUGUGAACACUGCACUACAAUCUGAGUCAUGGUUUGGAUCUAGAGGGUGAUGAUUCAUUACAAUGUCACUGAAAGUCCAGGUGAAUUUUUAAAGUUUUAAAACUGAAAAUCAUGCCUUCGCUUAUGAAAAUUCAUCCAUUUUUCUUCAAGUUGGGGAAAUCAAAUUUUAUUUAAAUCCAAAGAUAUUAAAGAAAUGUUUUCUAGUUUGUUUCUAUUAAUUAUGUCAAAUGCAAAUGGUUGUCCUGCAUAUCAAAGUAUCUGGUCAUUUCUCUUUGGUUUGUAAGUAUUUGAUACAAUUUUAUCAUAAGAGAAAUAACAGGUUCAUUUCCAAAGGACAAUGAACAACCUGAGAAGUUAUUUUAUCAAAGGGCUGAGUUGAGAACACUGUGGCUGAAAUAUGAUUUUUUUUCUCUUCUUUAAGGUUACAUGUGAGUCAAAAUGUAAAAUAGAACCUCACAUAAGAACCACAGCCUUGAAUUAUUCACUGCCUGUCACAAGCCUCAGUGUGACCUAAGAAACCCCUGUUUACCUUUGUGAAAUCGUCAAAUUAGCUAGUGGAUAAAGAGAUAAGCUUCAGGUAGAGAUUCAACUAGAAACAUGGUUUUCUUGUAGGAGAUAUGUACAGUGUACAAAUGUACUCUCAAGGCCAUCCUUUGUAUCCAAGUGGGCAUGGUCCCCUGAGUGUUGGCUUAAUUCAUUCUCCCCCAGAAAGGAUUAAGCUAUUUGAAAAGGGAAGGAAAUGAAGGGAAGGAAACAAAGGGGAGAAUAGAAGGAAGGAUGAGGAUUGGAUGGAAGGAAAGAAGGAAGAAAAACGAACUGUGAAGUUUUAUACAUUGCCAGAUUAAAACUAACAAAUCAAGUAACAAGUCAAAAAAAAAAUAGAGUAAGCCUGACAUAAUUUACAUGUUCACAAAAUAUACUUAGGCUGUCAAAUUAGCAAAACAAAGUGUGCUUUUCACUAUGUUUUCUAGGCUACUAGGUCUUGAGCUGUUGUCUGUAAAGCAGUUUAGAGACUUGUGUCUUGUACCAUUUUCCAGUGCCAGGGUUCUGAAAUGCACUCAAAACCUGUUAGAGGAAAGCAGAGCCCUGCGAUUAUCUGGAAAGAAUUCACUGGAGGGUAAUGUCACAAUAUUUGAGUUUUUAGAGACAUAUGAGUGAAACUCGGGUACGGCUGAAUUAUUAAAUAUGCAAGUUAGAAAUAAAGUCUACUGGAAAAUUUACACUUGGAGUCAGGUUUUGUGUCAGUACUUUAACAGUUUUUGAGAAUGUGUUUGAUAUUCCAGUGUUUGUAAAUUCUAUGAACAUGCAUUUUCCUAACAACUUCUACAUGCUUUUUAUGACAAUGCCUAAUGUAAAAAAAAAAUGUAUUACAUUCUGUAUGUGCAAAGAUCGAAAAUCAACCACUUUUUGUGCUUUAAGAUGACUUUGAGACAAAAAUGAACAUUCCCCAGCCAUGGUCUUCAUUCCAUACGAAGUCAUUCCGCAGCAUCUUGGUCUCCUCAGCUUUUCUGUGAAAGCAACAUGAACUUCAGACAGUGUGGAGCUUGGGGAAGCCAAAUGGCCUUUUUAAUGUGUGUAUGUUCGGUAUCAUGGGCCAUGGAAUAUGAGGUAUUUCAGAGCUCUGAAAAGCUGUGAGGAGUCAAUUUCCAGUAUCCUACACAGCAGCCAAUAGUAAUACCAGCCUUCAGUAUGAUUAUUGGAAGAGGGCUUUUUUCUUUUUCUUUUUUUUUUAAGUGGAACAACAAUGAAUGAACAAUUGAAAUUACAAUGGAUGUUUUGUAAAUAGUUUUUAGUUUUUAAAAUUUAAAGUGUUUUAGAGUGUGAAAAGUUGAGUGAAACUAUUUACAACGGGUAAGAAAAGAAAGAAGAAAAGCAAGAAAGGAAUCCAAACAGGCAGGGAGAUAUGUGAUCUCAUCAUUUUUGAAAAUUGUACUGUUUUAUAAUGUAUUACAAUAUCAAUGUGAAUAUCUUGAAUUCUGUUACCAAUCCUGCACUGUAUUAAACAUGUAAAUUAAUCGUUUGUCUGAUUAGCCAAACUAACCACCCUCAUGGGGAGGUAUCCAUGUUUGAAGAACUGUGUAACUCAGUAACUGACUUGUUCUGAUGUUGUAGCUCAAUAGAAGUGAUUUGGAAGGAAGCAUGGUUCACAAGAUGGUGUCUGUUCUUUUGUGCCAGCUCUGUAUGAUGUUUGUAAGACCAUGUUUGUAAGACAUGAAUAAACUGCUGCUUUUGCCCAACCCAUUUCAA